UAUUGCCCGGCUCGUUGCGACUCAAAUCUUCUGCCCUAACGAGAAGUACUUUUAUAUAAAGCUUAUAUAGAUCUCAGAGUCUCUCCCGUUUUCGGCCUUCAGAAUAAUAAACCCGAUGAGAAACGAUAAAAUGUCGGAUAAGUCCUCGUCUCACAAGAAGCAGCAGCAUCAGCAUCAAACACCUCCUUCUCACAGGAAAUCCCGCUGGGAAGCCAACAACCCACAGCAGCCCCCCGAUUCCAAACCCUCCUCUUCAUCUUCUCAUCCAACCGUCCAUUCCUCUCCUCUCCCUCCUCCUGCGGCUGCGGGUCCCUCCUCCGAUCCACCUGUCCCCAUCUCGCUCCCACCACCUGGACCCACUGCUCCCUUCCCCUUACCUGAUCCUGGCCCACCUCCCCCUCCGCCUCCUUCCUAUGGCUUCCACAUGCUUGAGCGCCGCACCAUCGUUUUAGCCGACGGCAGCGUCCGUUCUUACUUUGCCCUUCCCCCCGACGACAUCGUCUUCUCUCAGUCUGCCCCUCUCCGUCCGCCUCGUCCCCUUAGUCCCGAUGCUCUCCGCCGUGACCGUGAUGACUUUUACGCACGCGGCGGCGGCCCACCCACAGAUUACUGGAAUUCCUUGGGCCUUGAAGGGCGUGGCCCACCACCCCACCCCGAAACAUCCCAGAAGAGAAAGUAUGGAGAUGAGGGCCCCAGGGAUGCGAGGGACGAGUACGCCAGGCAGCGGCAGCAGCUUUUGCAGUAUGGAGGCCCUAACCCUAAUGGGUACCCUUCGGGCUUGGCGGAUCAGGUGGGUUAUGUGGCUGGAGCGAGCAGCCCACGGCGGAGGGACCCACUGGACCCUGUCAGGGGUGGGAUGGACGAUCUGCGGCCUUUGAAGCAUAUGAAGGUUAGGGGAGAUGAUUACGAUGAUCUGGCUUUCCGAGUGGGCAACAAUGAUGGAGCAGGCGAUGCCAAUACGAAGCAUUUGGAUGUGGACCCCAAUGCUCUCAAGAGAGCGUUCCUCCGCUUCUCCAAAAUGCUCAAUGAGUAUGCGUCACAUCGGAAUAAUUAUUUGGAGAAUGGGAAGAAUGGGCCUCUGCGUUGCCUUGCAUGUGACAGGGAUUCAAAAGAUUAUGCGGAUGUACAUGGCCUUAUCAUGCAUGCCUACAACUCACAGAAUGCAGCCUUGCGUGUUGAUCACCUUGGCUUACAUAAGGCUCUGUGUGUCCUAAUGGGGUGGAACUAUGCGAAAGGACCAGAUAGCUCUAAGGCAUACGAGUCGUUCUCUGCUAGUGAAGCUGAAGCAAAUAAGGAGGAUCUGAUUAUAUGGCCACCAAUAGUGAUAAUUCAUAACACAAAGACAGGACGCAAAAAAGAUGGCCGCGUGGAGGGCCUGGGUAACAAAGAGAUGGAUAAUAAACUCAAAGAACUUGGUUUCAGUGGGGGUAAGUCAAAAUCGAUGUACGGAAGGGACGGCCAUAUGGGCAUCACGGUGGUGAAAUUCACGAGUAGUCAAUCCGGCCUGAAGGAGGCAGAGCGCCUAGCGGAGUUCUUUGAGAAGGACAAGCAUGGACGCAGAGGAUGGGCACAUGCACAGGCUUCACAGUUGGGAGAAGACGAUGAGCAGAAUCCAAACCUGGUGAAGGUGGAUGAGAAGACAGGAGAGAAGAAAAGGAUCUUUUAUGGGUAUUUGGGGACGUCAUCAGAUCUGGACAAGGUGGACUUUGAUAUGAAGAAGAAGGCUGUGAUCAAGAGCAGACGUGAGUUUGAUCUUUCAGACUAACAAGAGAUGCUCUAUAUCACUUCAGAUAAAAAAGGAAGAAGAAAAGAGAACAGAGGAUGAUGGACUUUGGCUAUUAUAGUUUGAACUUGGUUUGCCUUCUGUCUUUGUGCUCUGAUUAAUAGGUUUUUUGUUAUUAUAAAACCAAUUUGUCAAUCCUACUGAACCUGCAUUAUUUCCACUGAUGGAGGGAUUGGAUUGUUUGGUGAGGGAUUUGAACGUCA